ACUUAUAACUGAUUAUUAUUAUUUUAAGAAAACUAUAUACCCAAAAUGGAAAGCAAAAAUCAUCUUCUGUUGUUGUUCGACCGCCCCCAAGAGCCAUGUUUUAUGGCGAAGGGAAAAAAUAACUCUGUUUUUAAUGUCCCGCAAAAUUAUUUGGUAGAUAAAUACAAGCCAGCUGCUACUCAAAUUGUAAACCGUUUUGGAGAAGAUGCCGGAGAAAAAAUUAACGUUUCCAGAAUCUCCUUGCCACCACUUGGUGAAAUUUUGGAUCUUAAACGUAACGAGAACUUUUCCCUUUUCUUGCCAAAACACCGAAGGAUUGCUGGAAGGCUUAUUGACAUUUUUCUAGGAAUGCGUAACGUGGAAGAAUUACUAUCUUGUGCUGUUUACGCCAGGGAUCGCGUGAACCCAUACAUGUUUAACUACUGUCUCUCUGUUGCCUUGUUGCACAGACCUGAUACUCAAGACAUCGAUUUGCCCUCGUUUAUUAGUUCUUUCCCUGAUAAAUACCUGGAUAGUCAAGUCCUUGGAGAAGUAAGGGAACAAGCUACCAUUGUUCCUGAUGGAUCCAGGACUCCUAUCGAAAUUCCUAAGGACUACACUGCAUCUGAUUUGGAAGAAGAACAUCGUCUUGCCUACUUCAGAGAAGAUUUGGGGAUUAAUCUUCACCACUGGCAUUGGCAUUUGGUUUAUCCAUUUGAAGCUGCUCGCGCUGUAGUGGACAAAAAUAGAAGAGGGGAGUUAUUCUACUACAUGCAUCAGCAAAUUAUUGCUAGAUACAACUUUGAACGUCUCUCUAAUGAUCUCAAGAGGGUGGACCGAUUAGUUGAAUUAAAAAAUCCGAUCAAAGAAGCGUAUUUCCCUAAACUGGAUAGCUUAGUUUCCAGUAGAGCUUGGCCUGCUAGAGUAGCAAAUCAAACUCUUUCCAAUAUAAGGAGAGAAACUGAUCAAAUUACUCAGGAUAUUGAUGACCUAAUCAGAUGGAGAGAUAGAAUUUUGGAGGCUAUUCAUAUGGGAGUUAUUCGAAAUGAACAAGGGCAAGAAAUUCCUUUGACUGAAAAUGAAGGCAUCGACAUUUUGGGAAAUAUUAUGGAAUCUAGUAUCCUUUCACCAAAUAGGGCUUACUAUGGUGAUAUGCAUAAUAUGGGACACGUGUUAAUUUCGUACAUUCACGAUCCAGACCAUCGUCAUUUGGAAACCUUUGGAGUUAUGGGUGACUCGGCUACUGCCAUGAGAGAUCCAAUUUUCUACCGUUGGCAUGCAUUUGUCGAUUAUAUUUUCCAACAAUUUAAAAAUACUUUACCUACAUAUACUCCACAACAGUUGAGCUUUUCUGGGGUAACUGUCCAAAACAUUGAAAUCGAAACACCUAAAGGACGUCCCAAUCAAAUUAACACCUUCUGGCAACAAUCAGAUGUUGAUCUCUCGAGAGGAAUGGACUUCCAACCCAGAGGUUCGGUAUUAGUAAGAUUCACCCAUCUUCAACAUAGGAACUUUAACUAUAAAAUCACUGUAAACAAUACCGGUGGAAACAAGCAGGGAACUUGCAGGAUAUUUAUUGCGCCCAAAUUCGAUGAAAGGGGCAAUCCAUGGACAUUCCGUGAUCAAAAGAACAUGUUUGUUGAACUGGAUAAGUUUACUGUAAACUUGAAAAAGGGUGCAAAUGCUAUUAAUCGUUCAUCGACUGAUUCCUCUGUGACUAUUCCAUUCGAACGUACUUUCCGCAACUUGGAUAACCAAAGACCUACUGGUGGAGAUGAUUUGGCUCAAUUUAACUUCUGCGGUUGUGGAUGGCCACAACAUAUGCUAAUACCAAAAGGCAAGGCUGAAGGAUAUGCCUGCCAACUGUUUGUAAUGAUAUCCGAUUAUGAAGGCGACAAGAUUAAUCAAACCACUGAGGGCACCUGUAAUGAUGCUGGAAGUUACUGUGGUAUCAAGGACAAGUUGUAUCCAGAUCGUCGUUCUAUGGGAUAUCCAUUUGACAGGCUUCCAAGGCAAGGUGUUAGCACUCUUCAGGAGUUCCUUACUAGCAACAUGAGAAUUCGCGAUGUCAAUAUUCAAUUUGAAAAUCGCACCUUUAAACCAAGACAAAUAAACUAAAACAUUACCACACUAUAACGGCUCCCAUAUUAACAAAACAAAUACAAAUCUUUAAUUUUAAUCAUAUUAAAGUUAAAUAAAGUGUUUGGAUAUAUUAAA